AUGAUUGCUGCUGGGUUUUUGAGACAGGCCGCCCUGCAAUCACAGUGGAAUUCUUAUUGUGAGCGAGCAAGGAUCUCUGCCAGAUACGGCGCUAAAGCAUCGAAACGAAUAACCGUUUGGCAAAUUGUUGGAAGUGGCAACGCAUCCCGCCAGCGCGCAGGUCUCUUUUUCAACAGCUGA